CAACAAGCUGAUCCCGCCCCCGCUGCAGAAUCUUCGGUACCAAAUGGUGAUUCUAAUGGACACGAAGAAGCCACAGUUGACAGCCAGAAACCUUCAGAUCCAGUACCAGCAGCUGAGCCCAAAUCAGAAGGAGCUGCUGAGGGAAAGUCCUUUAAGUUGAAACAGCUUCUUCAGGAAAGUGCAAUGGAUACAAGUGAACCAGCGGAAGCAAGUGAAGCGAAAGUUACCGGUGAUGUACCCCCUCAGGAAGAAGAUAAGGGUGACAGUGACACGGAAAAAUGGGAAGUUGUGGAGGAAGAAGAAGUAAGUAAGGCUAAAGAGGCAGAAGCUGCUCAGAAGGAGAAGGAAGCAGAAGAAGCUAAGGCAGCAGAAGAAGCUGCGAAGCCAGCCGAAGCUGAAGAGCCAACGGAGGCUGCGGCUGAGCCUAAAGAGGAUGCUGACGCACCUGUCGAGGGAGCUCAUGUUGCACCAGAAGUACCUGCUGAAGUAGUGAAGCCAGAAGAGAGCAAAAGUGAAGCAGCAGAACGAGAAGAGAAGCAAGAUACUAUGGGGAAAUCAACCGCAGCAACGACGGAUACAAAGGAUGAGCCUAUGGAUACAAGCAAUGAAAAACCGGCGGAAGAAAACGAGAAACCAAAAGAAGUUGACGCUGAGUCUCCGGCAGUUGCACCCACUCCAAGUGGAAGAGGAAGAGGGCGUGUACUUCAUGAUAAAGCCGUUAUAGGUCGUGGACGUGGUCGAGGUCGACCAGCUGGAGCUGCCACUACUCCUCGCGCACCGCGUACUCCACGUGCUCCAGCACCACCUUCCGAAGAUACGCCUUCUUCAAUCGCAUCAUCACGACCACGCCGUUCCACAUCUACCCGUGUUGAUUACGCUAAUCCUGAUACAUCUACGGUUCUUGCUGAAGUAGAUGAUGAAAUUCCCGGCAAGCUGUUCCGCGCUGGGCGCGGUCGUGGCGGUCGUGGCAGAGGCCGAGGGCGAGGUAAACGUGGCGCUUCUGAUAGUGAUAGUGAUCAGCCGGCUAGCGACGAAGAUGAUGUGGAAUUUGGCAAAAAGAAGAGAGGCGCUGCUCGAGGUCGCGGCCGCGGAAGAGGACGUGGACGCGGUAGGGGAGCUGCUGCCGCUUCCCAUAAGGGUAAGCGACGUGAGGAUUCCGAAGACGACGAUGAUAACGAAGUAGUCUACGACGACUCGAAAUCGGAUGAUGGCGCUGAGCCUGGGAGUGGAGAUGAGGUCUUGCCAAAAAAGAAACGCGCCGCAGGUGCCGACCACAAUCUGCCACCGAAGAAGAGAGGAAGGGCCGCCGAUGAUUAA